AGAACAACAACAACAACGGCACGAGCGAUAAGAGGCGAGAGUGGCACAGGCACUGUGGCGGUGGCGCAGCGGCCAGUGAGGGCGGCGGAGGCAGGCUUCGGAAAGCCGCGGCCUGGACUCCCUUCCCUGAACAGCUGAGAAGGUGGACACCAAGCUGUGGGAAGGUUUUGUUUCUUUUUUUUUUUUUUUUUAGUUUUGUGAUAAUGCUGACCCCCUAACAUUUAGUACGAAGUGGAAGCUGAAGCUUACAUGUACUCUGGGCAGUAGAAGAAAAUAUUAGUGGCACAAUGGAUGAGGCAGCACCCCCUCCUACUCCUGCCAUUGUUAAGGAAGGUUGGCUCAACAAGCGUGGGGAACACAUAAAAAACUGGAGGCAGCGUUACUUCUUCCUUCAAGAAGAUGGCACUCUUCUGGGAUUUAAGACUAAACCAGAGCAUGGUCUUGAAGACCCACUUAAUAAUUUCACAGUCAAGCAAUGUCAGAUCCUGAAAACUGAAAGACCACGGCCAAACACUUUCAUUAUCAGAGGACUUCAUUGGACAACAAUUAUUGAGAGGACAUUUAAUGCUCAGUCAGCAAGUGACAGGGAGUCAUGGAUGGAAGCAAUCAAGCAGGUAUCUGAGAGAAUAUCAGAUCCUCCACCUGAUCCAUCAGAUCGUCGUUUUGAGAUCCAGGAGUUCAGUAGAGUGAAGCAAAUACACUUCAAGUACUCCAGUGAUGAUGGGGAUGAUGCACCGGGACUACGAGGCACCAAGAAGAAAAGGAAAAUUACUUUAGAUAACUUUGAAUUUCUGAAAUUGCUUGGAAAAGGGACCUUUGGAAAAGUCAUCCUGUGUCGUGAAAAGAGCAGCAACCAUUUCUAUGCCAUCAAGAUUCUGCGUAAAGAUGUGAUCAUCGAGCGUGAUGAAGUGGUCCACACACUCACUGAGAACCGGGUCCUGCAAGUAGUAGAUCAUCCCUUUCUUACUAUGAUGUCCCUCCAGAAGAUCUUGAACAUCAACAUCAACGUCAUUGAAGCCAGGCCUAUGGCACAGAUUUACUAUGUCAUUUCUGAUCGCAACGAUGUCAUCUUCACCAAAUUCUAUGGAGCAGAAAUAUGUCUUGCUCUUGGUUAUUUGCAUGAAAGAAAAAUUAUUUAUCGUGACUUGAAGUUAGAAAAUUUAUUACUGGAUGCUGAUGGACACAUUAAGAUAGCUGACUUUGGACUCUGCAAGGAAGACAUCUCUUAUGGUUCAACCACCCGAACAUUUUGUGGCACACCAGAAUAUUUGGCACCAGAGGUGCUUGGAGAAAAUGAUUAUGGACGAAGUGUUGACUGGUGGGGCUAUGGAGUGUGCCUGUAUGAGAUGAUGGUUGGCCGCCUCCCGUUCUAUGACAAAGACCAUGACAAGUUAUUCCAGCUCAUUGUUUGUGAAGAUGUUCGUUUCCCAAAGACCAUCUCGCAGGAAGCCCGAGAUCUUCUCAAGGGUCUGCUCCACAAGGAUCCCAACAAGCGCCUUGGAGGAGGACCAGGUGAUGCUAAAGAAGUACAAGCCCAUCCAUUCUACAUUACCAUCAACUGGAAACUUUUAGAAGAGAAGAAAAUUACCCCACCCUUCAAACCCCAAGUGACAAGUGAGACAGACACUCGCUACUUUGAUCAAGAGUUCACUGGGGAAUCUGUGCAGCUGACACCACCUGACCAUGUGGAACAUCUUAAUGUUAUUGCUGAAGAAUCAGAAAAUGUGGCUUUCCCUGAGUUUUCAUAUCAAGAUAUAUCGACAUUAGGCAGCUCUCUUGCCUCAAGCCUGAAUUCUCUAGGGGUUGCUGAAGAGGGCUUGAAUAAGCUUGAAUAAGGAUCAGACUUAAGUAAGAAGAAAGAACUCAGCUUGUCUCCAGUCAAAAGCCAAAGGAUGGUACUGCAAGGUGUGCCAGUACUGUCAAUGAUGAUGUGUCUCUGCCUGUCAUAUUGCAAGGUAGAGUGGAAGACUCCAGGCUACAUUCAAUAUGUUCAAGUUUUGCAGCUACAGCUCACUUGCUGUACAAACCUUUCAACAUGACACUGCUAGUUUUUUUUGACAAAUGAAUGAAUGUGUGGAUUCUUUAAAUUUAACCAUGAAUUUUUACCUUCAUACUUGAUGAGUAGUCAGUGCUUUUUGUUGAAGUGGAAAGCAGGGUAUGGUGAUUGUUGUAUAUCUUUUGCAUCUCUUGCAUGGAUAACUUACGGAUAAUCGAAAUUCUAAAUUUGUGUUUUGUUUAAAAAAUAUAAAACUUUUUAUAAGUGUUACAAUAUCAGCAUUUAUUAUUCCCUUGUAGAAUAGUUCUUUUUAUGAAUGCUUAAUGUAGGGAUGGUUAAGUUGCCAGUUGUGGCAGGUUGGAUAUACAGUGUAAUUAUUUUAUUUUAUUCUGAAUAAUAAGUAAACAGAAAUUUUAGAAAUCAUGAAUAUGUGAAAUAUGCAUUACAGUUAUGCUACUAGAACAAUGAAAUAUGUUAUUGGGUUGUAUCUCUGCAUAGUAAACCUAUGUAUUUUAUACUAAUGAUCUAUGUUGAUACAAGAUCUUAUUAAGCACAAUCAUUAUACUUAUUCUGUCUGUGUCAUUUUCUCAUUGGCAUUAGCAAAUGCUCUCAAAGAAUAUAGGUUUAAGAUUUGUCUGUUCCUCUAUUUCAAAUUGAAGUUUCAUUUGGAUGUUUUAUAUUGUGUAAGAGUUUGUCUGCUGCCUUUCUUGUCUUUUCUAAAUUGGAUAUUUUAUUCAGCAUCUCAAGAAAUUCAUUGAGUUUGUUUGCAUACAGAAAACCUCCAUAUAACUGUAGUUAAGGUAUCCAAUAUUCUUGCAAAGCAAAUGGUUCCAACAAAAAAAAGUAUUUUCUCCAAGGAAAGUCUUGAAUGACAUUUUAAAGCACUUGAAGUACCUAUGCAGUGGGUUUCCUUUUUUGGUGCACCACUGCAAUGCAGUUUGAAGAGUCAUCUAUUGUAUUUGGGUAUUUUCACCAGAAUAACUACUCAUAAUUUCUUGUACCAGAUUACUGUCUUCUAAUGGAGCUCAACCCAUGUGACAUGAUGUAAGAUACUUUGUUAACAGCUGCAAACAACUAGAAUAUUUCAUAACUAGUGGAAGUUAUAUAAUACUGUAUACUGUGUUUUAACAUGUCAUACUAGCCAAGGUUACUGUUACCAACUGAUAGUUAAGUAAGUAUGAGCUGUAUGAAGAAGCAAACAGCAGACAAUAUUGAAAUGCCUUGUAAUGAGAGCAAUGUUUCCAUCAAGUUGCCUGCUGUUCUGUUAUGAAAAUGUUUGAUUUAAAAAAACAUGUAGAGCAUACUCUAUUUUUUGUGUUGUAAUUCAAAGCAUUUUUAAAAUGUCAAUUCAUAAUAUUUAAAUGCCUCAGAGAAAAGAUGCAUGAAUGUCGUAAAUAUACAGUAGCAAAACAUAUAACUGCAGUACAGAAAAAUUACAGCUGUGGCUGGCUUGGCUACUGAAAAUGCUUUUAUCCCACUCAGUAUUUGUUGAAAAAUUUUUCCAUAGUUUUCAAUUACUAAUUAUUUGAAGUGUUUGUUAAUAUAUAUUUUUUUCUAAAGUAUGUUUUCAUAACUUACCUUGUUAUGUUUUAUAUUUUCAUCCAAGUUCUCAAAUAAAUAUUGAGCUUUGUGCUGUAUUAAUUUGAUUAAAUUCUCAUUUAGAAAUUUGUAUAAUGAAAUUGGUGUUGAAUACAGCCAGUAUUUUUUUUCUCUUUAUUUUAUAUAAAAUUCUCACAAUAACUUACUUACAGCUGACUAUGCCUUAAGCAGUGUAUGUACAAAACAUAUUUCCAAGCAAUGUUACCAUUAAUCUUGUUUCAAGUAAUCUGGCAUGACAGAAUCCCAAGGUGCUAGUUAUAUGUGAGUUUACAUAUACAUACAUUUAAAAUUAUUUAAUCCAGAUGGCAGAGUAUGGACAGUACCCUCCACAACAUAGUAACAUAUGCAUGAUAUACAUAAUUCUGAAGCUUCAUAUAUAUUGAUAUGUGAAAUUCCAUUAUUUCGUACUAAAGAUUCUCAUGACUACAUACAUUGGUUCCAUAGAGAUACACUGUAUGCAUGGCAAAAGACUGAUACAUAUCACAGGGAUGAUAUUGGCAAAAUAAAGUAAUUGUUAAUAAAAAAAGGUUUAUCGAAACACAGGAAAUUGUGAAUAACAAAAGAUAACACAAGAAAUUUUAUUGACAUAAGUUUUAAAACAUGGAGAGUGUGACAUUAAAGGCUUUCUUUACUUAUCUUUAAAGCAAACAAAAUCAUGUUGUAUUCCUGGUUAGCAUCAUCCUUGCAUUGUUUCUGUUUUGAGAACAAGCAUUGCAGUGUAAGAUUAGGUUUUAUGAGAAGUGAUUGCCAAGUGAAAGUUGAACCACAUUAGGCCAGCAUGGUUGUUAUACAAAUGAGCACUGGUUUGUUUGAAGUCCAUUAUGUUUGCAUGGUUAUAAUUUGUGGUUCAUUCUGAAUUGUAUAACUGACACAAUCUAAUAGUAAAAGUAUUUGAAAACAA